AAUCUACGGUAUUACCCAGAGAGAGAGAGAGAGAGAGAGAGAGAUGGCUUCAGCUCCUCUCUCAAGGUUUCUCUUCCCGAAAUCUGACUGAGGUUUGAACAAACUGAAAAAAUGGAACAUAGGGUUUGGUCCGUUUGGAUAAUAGUUUUGUCUCUGUGGAUCUACAAUGCACACUUCUCACCUCUCAACACAAGAGUUUCUUAACAAAACCCGAAGAGAGGGAGAGAGAGAUGGACAGUAUCCUCUGCGACGAGCUCCUAGAAGAAGUUCUCAACCGCCUCCCUUGGGGUCCCUUUUUCGCCCCCUCCAUCGCCGUCGUCUCCCUCGUCUCCAAGCGGUGGCUCCGCCUCUACCGCUCCUCCAAGUUCAACCUCUUUCUCCGCCUCUCCCCUGACAACGGUAUCUCCUCUUUCCUCUCUCACUUCCCUCGCCUCUCCUUCCUCUUUAUCGUCAUCGACCGCGGCCACAACGACGUCGACUUCUCGAAUUUUUCCGAUCGGAUCCUCCUCUCGGUCGCCUCGUCCUGUCCCAAGCUGACAGGUCUCCAUCUCGAACAUGGGCCACCAGUCUCUCUCUUCCCUCUGCUUUCUCUCUCUACCUCAUGCCCUCACCUCGACUCCCUCAGCAUCUCCCUAUCUAGACCCAUCUCUUUCCACUGGCUUGUCUUCUUACCCUCUCUUGAAAAACUCACCGUUGUUUUCAACUCCGUCCCGGGCGAAGUCGAACAAGCCGAUACUUCGAAACGUAACUUCAACGCUGAGCUGAAACUAAGAACCCUAGUUUUGGAUGGGAUUCAAAGCGGCGAUUACGGUUUUGAUUCGCUGUGGAAAAGUUGCAAAAAUCUUAAGAGACUGGAGCUGUAUCGCUGCCAAGGAAUCGGUGAUGAUUCGUCGGUUUCAUCGUUUGUUAAUUGCUUCAACGGCCUCCAAGAAGUGAUAUUGAGGUGGUGUGGUUCGAUAGUUAAUGACAUUUUAAUGAGAUUGGUAGCGAAUUGUACAUCUCUGAACUCUCUGUUAAUCCACGACAAAGUCGAAGGUAGUGUAGACGGUUUGUUUCAUUUCAUUACUCAGAGCCGUUGUAAUUUGCAAAAACUCGAUUUACGUUUACCUCUUGACCUAGAAGACAAUCACUUAUUGUUCGUGGCUGAGAAGUUCAGGGGUUUGUUGUCUCUUCGGUUAUGUAGUUGUUAUGUUGUUACUGCUGAAGGGCUUAGGACUAUGGUGUUGGCAAUGAGUAAUAAGCUUGAAGAAUUGGCAUUGAUAAAUUGCAAAGUGGAACCUGGGUUGUUGACCACUUUAGGACAAAGUGUUAGAAAUUUGAGGAAGUUGGACUUGUCUUAUAAUGAAAUGUUGGUGGAUGAAGAGUUUAUAUCGAUGCUUGCGUCGUGUAAUUGUUUGAGGGACUUGAAGGUGAGGGGGUGUGAAGGAUUGACAAAUGCAUCCUUGGUUUCGAUGUUUAAGAGCUGUAAGCAGUUGGAGUUUGUAGAUAUAAUGAAUUGUCCUGGGAUUGGGGCAGAGGCUGUUGAGUUAUUUGUUUUGAAUUGUCUGCGGUUGAGAGCGCUACAUGUUGAAGAUAGCAAGGUUUCAGAUGUUUCCAGGUCUUGGUCUUCGAAGAAAUUCAUUGCGGUUGUUGCUAUUUAAUGUUGAAGAAGGGCCAUUUCUUUUUCUUUAGAGGUUGCGGAUCGAUGCAGGUAGGGUUAGAAUCGUGGGUGAUGGUGCUUGGCAGAAAGAGUCUCUCAAAGCAGCGGCAGCUUGGGUAGGCAUUUGAUGAAGGAAAUCAGUAAAUUGGCUGUAACGAGAUUGUUUUGUUCAUCCAGAGUCGGUCGAUGAUGGCGGAAGUUGGAGCUUGUUUGGAUGCACUCCAAUGGUGUAUUCGGAAUAACCAUUACUCAGGUGUCUAUGCUCUCCAGGGGUCAAGUGCAGUGGAGUCAUGGUUAGAGUUUUUGAUAUCUGAUACUACUAGUAUUAAGUGGGCAUGUAAUCUUUUAGCUAAUGUUUUUUCAUUUCGAAAGUUCAUGGGAAUGUUUGUAUCCUUGGCACACAAUCUAGCCAAAGCAGCCAUUGCUAUGGGGGUGCUAAUCUUGUAUUAUCUGUGUGGUUAUUAAUGAGUAUUAUUCCCUCGAGCAAAAA